GCUCUUCCUAGAAAAAGCAAGUGAGUCAGACCAAGAUCCGGGUCAUCUCGACCAUCCUGUUCAUCUUGGCAGGCUGCAUUGUGUUUGUGACGAUCCCUGCUGUCAUUUUUAAAUACAUCGAGGGCUGGACGGCCUUGGAGUCCAUUUAUUUUGUGGUGGUCACUUUGACCACAGUGGGCUUUGGUGAUUUUGUGGCAGGGGGAAAUGCUGGCAUCAAUUACCGGGAGUGGUAUAAGCCCCUAGUGUGGUUUUGGAUCCUUGUUGGCCUUGCCUACUUUGCAGCUGUCCUCAGUAUGAUUGGAGACUGGCUACGGGUUCUAUCCAAAAAGACAAAAGAAGAGGUUGGGGAGAUCAAGGCCCACGCUGCUGAGUGGAAGGCUAAUGUGACAGCCGAAUUCCGGGAGACCAGGAGGCGACUCAGUGUUGAGAUUCAUGAUAAGCUGCAACGGGCGGCCACCAUUCGUAGUAUGGAGCGCCGGAGACUAGGCCUGGAUCAGAGAGCUCAUUCGUUGGACAUGCUGUCCCCGGAGAAACGCUCUGUGUUUGCUGCUCUGGACACAGGCCACUUCAAGGCCUCAUCCCAAGAGAGCAUCAACAACCGGCCAAACAACCUGCGCCUUAAAGGAUCAGAGCAACUCAACAAACAUGGCCAAGGGGCCUCUGAAGACAACAUCAUCAACAAGUUUGGGUCCACUUCCAAACUCACUAAGAGGAAAAACAAAGACCUCAAAAAGACCUUGCCUGAGGAUGUUCAGAAAAUCUACAAGACCUUCCGAAAUUACUCCCUGGAUGAAGAGAAGAGAGAGGAGGAGACGGAAAAGAUGUGUAACUCGGACAACUCCAGCACAGCCAUGUUGACAGAGUGUAUCCAGCAGCACGCUGAGUUGGAGAAUGGAAUGGUACCCAUGGACACCAAAGACAGGGAGCUCGAGAACAACGCAUUACUUGAAGACAGAAACUAAAUGUUAAAGACAUUGGACUUGAACUAAGCAUUGUGUGGUCCUUUUUUUUUUAAUAUUCACACUGAGACAUGUGCCUUAAACAGACUUCUUGUGAGUCCAAAAUUACAUAGCAUUGAAGAAUAUAUUUCACUGUGCCAUAAAUGACUGAAAGCUUGCUCUGCCAAAAUGAAUCAAAGAACAAAAACUUCAUUUCAGAUAGAGGCUACAGGACACACAGGGAGCAUUUGCACACAUAGUGGGUCACAGCAGUACAUGUGAAGGGACUUCCCAUGGCUGUCCUACUGCACAGUGCCACCCUGGCA